CCUAUAUGAAGACAUAAGCCUAUUGCUCACUACAAUACUUGACUUAUCUAAAGUGGCACAGUUUAGCGGGAGCUCCACCAAUUCGCUGGCGUCCUGUCCCCGACACAAUCAGAAGACUAUAGACUCAUAUCAAACCAAAGAAACCGAGGAGCUAUAUUCCAACAAAGAGGAGUCUAGGAGUAAGUCAGCGGAGGAGAACUGUGAAGUUAUAUAGGUACACCAGAAGCAGGGGCAGCCAACCGGGCAAUCUGAGUGUUUCCUGACUUUGAUGCGACCCGAGUUUGCCUGGAGCAUGUCCACAGUGGGCCUGACUGCCCAGGAGAUCUCUUUUCCCAUAGAAAACCCCUUCCUGAGGGGCAGCUACUGUCUCAGCAUGGCUGGAUCCAAACCUUCCUGGAGCGAUCGCCAUGAGCUGGACAACUUCUACUUCAGUAUGGACACUACACACACAGAUUACAGCUCUCGUGCACAGCAUAAGGGGCCACCUCCACUGUCUCUAAGUCAUGAAAGACAUAAACACAAUUUCAGCUUACAGAGAUUACCUCCAAAGAAAUCCCGGCCCUCCCAUUUCUCCCUGUCCUGUAGUGCUGAACCAUCCACCCCAAGUCCUGCUGAUGACGACCAGGUGGUCCCCUCAUUCCAGAGGCUCUCAGUGUACGAGUGCAGCAGUCCCCCACAGACGCCAGGCAGAUGCUCAAAGCCUCUGCCCCCUAUCCCUCCACAAACCGAUAUCUCCCCUGAGCAGGCUAUGGACAAUGAGGUAGAAUUUUUUACAAGUUCGGAUGACAGCCGCUGCUUGGUGUCUGAUCAGUGUCCAAAAUCGUCUCCUUUUCGAUAUGGAGUCCCUAGUCGAAGGAGCUUUAGGGACUGCGGCCAGAUUAACUAUGCUUACUAUGAUGGGCCAUUAGGACCGCAAAGCCAGAGGAAGCCCCAACAGCAGCAUCAAGCACAUCCUCCGCAGGAAGUGCGGGAACAGUAUGAGCAGCAGCGACAGGAACCACCUGAGCCAGUGGUCUGUCAGAGACCGCAGGACAAAGCUCAAAGAAAGCUACAGCGAUCACACUCUGGCCCAGCUGGAUCCUUGAACAAGCCUUCGCUGCUGCGCCUCACGUGCCACAAACGCCACACCCAAAGUAUGGAUAAGCCUGAGGUGCCACCCCCAAUCCCUCCUCGGACAAUCAAGACAGGAGACUAUCGCCGCUGGUCAGCAGAGGUCUCGUCAGGGGCUUACAGCGAUGACGACAAACCACCAAAGGUGCCCCCAAGGGAACCUUUGUCCAGAAGCAGCUCCCGCACCCCCAGCCCCAAGAGCCUCCCAACAUACAUUAAUGGGGUGAUGCCCCCAACCCAAAGCUUUGCACCGAAUCCUAAGUACGUUAGCUGUCGGGGUUUACAGAGACAGAAUAGUGAGGGCUCCCCCUGCAUCCUCCCUGUAAUGGAAAACGGCAAAAAGGCCAGCACCACACAUUAUUAUCUCUUGCCUCAGCGAUUUCUUCGUGUCAUUAACAGCCCUGGAGCGCGCAAUACAGAUGUAUCAGACUCAGAUUGGGACUGUCACACCAGUCGGAAAGCACAUGUGGAUUUAGUUUAAACAGUUUUAGUGGAAGUAGCAGAGGACUCUACUGUAAAUGAGCAAAAACCACUUGAAAAAUGGUGAGACUGGACGCUAUCAACCCUCAAACCGCUGCUUUUACCUUUUUACAUUUUUUUUUUACCCCCUAUGUAUUCUGAACACACAGGGUGUGUCCGCGCUGUAAUCAGUUACUGGUAAUGUUGGAAUAGCUAUCACAACUAAGAUACUUUACUUAAAAACAGUAUCCCUGACAAUAGAUUAUGGGCAAAAUUUAACAUUAUAGAGAUAUUUUUGAUGUGCUUUUUUAUUACAUGAAAUUAAAUACUGUGCUGUUUUUGAUGAUGUGGUACAGUCAGAAGGUACAAGCAGGCCUUGAACCUCAUGUGUUCAGUGUUUUCGGUGUCUGGAAGGUUGAGGAUGUUUUGUGAGAUGCAUUGACGCUGCUUUUGUAUCUCACAAGAGACAGGUCAGUAAUGUAACCAUGUAUAACUUAAUGUAUGAAGUCUAAAUACAAGGAUAAUUAAUUUUUAACAAGAUGAAGGAUGCUAGCACACAAAUCUCUUUACUGUUUGCUAUUAUAUCUAAACACGAUAUGGAUUCCCUG